AUCAGCAAGUGCAGUCAGAGCGCAGAAGGACAAUCACGACAUCCUCUCACGGAUAAACUCGAGACUUUGACAUUUUCUCCAGUUAUCGGAAUCUCUUCACCAAAGGCUACAUUUAAAAGCAUAGGAGCACCAAAACAUAUCACAAGGAUUGUCACUGCUGUUUUGUCCCACAAGUGGCAAUAGUGAAGACGUACCAAGAUGAGUGUGAACAUGAAUGACUUCAAUGACAUUUUGGAUGCACUGGGUGAUCUGAACUUCUCAACCCUUGAUGAUAAUGUCUCCCAUGUGGAAGUCUGUCACAGCACCUUCAGCCAGAGGGCUUUGCUUUAUGUCCUCUCUAUUCUCUACAUCUUCCUCUUCAUCAUCGGCAUCGCCGCCAAUGCUCUGGUGGUGUGGGUGAACAUACGAGCUGAAAGGAAACGUUAUGAGACUCACCUGUAUAUCCUCAACCUUGCCAUCGCAGACCUCUGCGUAGUGGCCACUCUUCCGGUCUCGGUUAGUUCUCUGCUUCAACUCGGCCACUGGCCCUUUGGAGAUGCCAUGUGCAAAAUUACACAUCUAAUCUUCAGUGUCAACCUCUUCAGCAGUAUAUUUUUCCUUACAUGCAUGAGUGUGGACCGCUACCUGUCCGUGAAACUUUUAGGAGAUGGUCCCAGUCAGAGGAAGAGAAGGAUCAGGCAGCUAAUCUGUGUUGGCGUUUGGCUGCUGGCAUUCUUUGCUGCCCUCCCUGAAACAUAUUUCCUCCAGGCUGAGAAAUCAAGCCAUUCAGACAGCAUCAUAUGUAAACCUAUGUACCCGGUGGACAGCAUUAAGGAGUGGACAGUUGGAAUCCAAAUGAGUUUCUUCAUGCUCGGCUUUGCCAUCCCCUUCCCCAUCAUUGCUGUGUUCUACGUCCUCCUGGCAGGUACCAUCCAACCCUCAGCUGACCAGGAGCGUUGUAUCAGUCGUCGCCUCAUCUUCACCUACAUUGUGGUCUUCCUAGUGUGUUGGCUUCCUUAUCAUGGAGCUCUACUGCUUGACACUCUAGCUUAUCUCAAUGUGCUUCCUUUCAACUGCACACUGGAGAACGCUCUCUAUGCAGCACUGCAUCUCACCCAGUGGUUCUCUCUCCUUCACUGCUGCAUGAACCCCAUCAUCUACAACUUCAUCAACAAGAACUACCGUUACGACCUUAUGAAAGCCUUCAUCUUCAAGUAUUCUACCAAAACUGGCCUCGCUAGGCUUAUCGAUGCCUCACGUGUGUCUGAGAUAGAAUACUCUGCCGUGGAGAACCAGGGACCAUUGUGAACAUUCUAUGAUGGCGUUGUUCAACAACAACCUUGUAAUCACAAAGAUAAACAGGGAACAGUCUUCUAAAUCUCUCUGGAUGUUUUGCUGUUGAGGCAUUACCAAAUUAGAUUUGUAAAAUAGUGGAACAAGUUUGUAUACAUACGGUUUGCUUACCUUUAUAAACAGAUGAGUGUUUACUCCUUUUGUACAAUUUUAUUACAGUUAUAGAUGUAUUGAGAAAGCACUUGUAUUGAAUUGAUUUGUAAGCGCAUGUAAGCCUUAUAACUCUAGCUAGGCUUCUGAGUCAGUGAAAUUGGUGGAAAAGGUCCCUUCCUGUCUUGGAGCCACAGAGAGACUCAUAAAACCCUUUCUCCACUGUGACUUUUCUACAUCUGCCGGAAAGACUCCAAUAUGCCUACAUUAAAUAAAGGUCAUGUUUUCAUACACAUUAAUGUACAGUUAUGUUAUAUCCGGUCAAACAGAGGGGUAUAUUGAAAACCUGAACAACUUUAUUUGGAAAGAUACAAGUCCAAAUCAAGACUGGAUAUAGGUUUUGUUGAUUGAUGUUAUGCUGUAUGAUAUGCUUGUCGAAAAUGAUACACUUUUUUGAUAAGUUGUACAUUUCAAGAACAAUGCUAGCAGCAUUUGUAAAUGUUUUGUAAAUAAUAUUAUAUUUAUGUACUCAGUGUUUUGAAUUAUUUUUUGACAUCUAAAAAUAUGGCGUUAUAAUAAAAGCUGUAUCAAACUUC